UUAACGCUGCCUGCGCGGCUUAGCUGGAGGUCCAUGUCUGCCCUGGCCUUUUUUUUUCCUUUUUAAGAAGUAGAUUUUCCAAUCAUUUACGUUGGUAUAGUACAUGUCAAGUGUGUGUAAAUCACUUAAGUUACGUCACGUUAGUGUUCACCGGUAUGGUACAGGGUAGGAUGUGAAACAGAAAAGGCUCUCUAGAAUGUUUACAGAUGUUCUUUGGGUCGGAGGCAGGCCCCAAAGGGACCUAUUUUACCUUAUGUAUGUAGGUGUUUUACCUACAUAUGUCUGUGCACCACAUGCGUGCAGUGCGUAGGGAGCCCAGAAGAGGACAUCGGAGUUACACAUGUGAGCCCUAGGGACUACACCCUGCUCUUCUGCGGGAGCAGCAUGGGUUCUGAAACCACUGAGCCAUCUCUCCAGCUGCCCCCCACAUCCCAGGGAGCUUUUAAUUUAGAACUUUCUUCAACUUUACUUUUACUCACUAUCUCUUGUAUAGUUUUACAUCUUAGCGUGUAUCUUCCAAAAGUGGUUGCAUCUAUUUGUUAAUCCCUACAGUUGGUCCCCUCUCUGUUGUCUGUGGUCCCUGGAUUGUCCCCUUUUGACUUUUUGAGGGACUAAUGUAGAAAGCAGUAGUCAUUUUUUUGUCCUCUGGUCAUCUCUGGCUUGUGUUCUGUCUUGGUUUUCUUUUUUUUUUUUCCAGAAGGAAGAUAAAGGGUUUAUUUAAUAAUAAGUUAUCUUAAGAUGGUAAUUAAUAUACAAAGCAAAAUAUGCAAAGGGUAUUGGGAAGGUAGCCUACAUUCCACUCUCUGCUGUCUCUCAACCAGCAAAGUGUCCUUUGUGAGAUGAGGCCCCCAAGAGCUGUCACUAAACCUAUAGUUCCCAAAGUGUCACAGGGACCCAGAGACUGUCUUGGUUUUCAUUUUCUCUCUAAUCUACUGCAAACGCCCCUUUAAUUAUAGUUAUUUCUAGAACCUAGUGUCUAAAAAUCCAGUUUACACUGAUGGGGGUUUAUUUAUUUUUUCUAAGACGUCUGAGCUGAUGGGUGCCUCAUAACGACUGUGUAUUCUUUUUUGUAUUUAUUUAUUUUAUGUGUAUGGAUGUUUUGCCCUCACAUAUGUCUGUGCAUUACAUGUGUGCUGUGUAUGCACUGACGCACUGAGCCAUGUCUCCCGUCCUUCCGUUCUUAGGAACCGUUAAGUGGUGUUGUAAGUGUUGACUAGCACUGAACUGUGAAAGUCACCAAAGGCUGUGUCUGGGAAGUCAGCUGUGAGAAUAGUCAGUAGGGCUUCCAAAUGGUUUUGUUUGAUUUUUUUAGAGCAGUGGUUCUCAACCUUCCUAAUGCUGCUACUCUUAUUCCUCAUGUUGUGGUGACCUCCUAGCCAUAAAAUUAUUCAAUGCUACGUGAUAACCAUAAUUUUGCUGCUGUUAUGAAUUGUACUGUAAAUAUCUGGUGUGCAGAAUAUAUGAUAUGGGACCUCUAUGGGGUCGCGACCCACAGGUUGAAAACCACUGUUUUAGAGGCCCCAUUAUGGGUAUUUGUUACUGCAGGGAUCCUGAUUUAGCACUUGGUAAAAAGUUUUGGCGUACAAAGCUUUUAAGAAAAGGAUUUUUUAAAAGAAAUGAAAACAUUCACCAAAAUAUGUAUUUGUGUAUUCAGAGAUACCAAGGUUUUUAAUUUGCAUUCAACUAGAGAGUAAGGCCGAGACUCUCCUUAUUUUAGGUUGAACACGACACAGAGGCUCCGGUUUUAAUAUGCAGAAGCGAAGAGGAAGGACAGGGAGAGUCAGGAGGCAAAGGCAAAGUUCCGACGCAAGAGGAGUGAACGAGAGCUACAAACCUGAAUUUAUAGAGCUGAGAAAAUGGCUGAAAGAUAGAAAGUUCGAAGACACAGGCUUAGUGCCCGCCUGCUUUCCAGGAACAGGAAGAGGGCUGAUGAGCAAAACGUCACUGCAGGAGGGACAGAUGAUUAUCUCAUUGCCUGCGAGCUGUCUGCUCACCACGGACACUGUGAUUCGAAGCUCCUUAGGGCCCUACAUUAAGAAGUGGAAGCCUCCUCCAUCUCCUCUGCUGGCCCUGUGCACUUUCCUAAUCUCAGAGAAGCAUGCAGGCGGUCAGUCCCUCUGGAAGUCCUACCUGGACAUUUUACCCAAGUCGUACACCUGCCCGGUCUGCUUGGAGCCGGAAGUGGUAGAUCUUCUGCCCGAACUUUUAAAGGCGAAGGCGGAAGAACAGAGAGCCCACGUGCAGGACGUGUUUGCCUCCUCCAGAGCCUUCUUCUCCACCCUGCAGCCUCUGUUUGUAGAGUCUGUGGAGAACAUUUUCAGCUACAGCGCCUUCCUGUGGGCCUGGUGCACCGUGAACACCAGAGCUGUGUACCUGAGGUCCAGGAGGCAGGAAUGCCUUUCCGCAGAGCCAGACACGUGUGCUCUUGCUCCGUACCUGGAUCUGCUGAAUCACAGCCCACACGUCCAGGUCAAAGCAGCGUUCAACGAGAAAACCAGCCGCUAUGAGGUUAGAAUGGCCUCCGGCUGCAGGAAGCACCAGGAAGUGUUCAUCUGCUACGGCCCCCACGAUAACCAGCGGCUGCUCCUGGAGUACGGCUUCGUCUCCUUCUGCAAUCCUCACGCCUGUGUUCCUGUCCCAGGAGCGACGCUGGUUAAGUACCUCCCACCAGCAGAUAAGCAGGUGCACAAGAAGAUGUCCAUUCUGAAGGAUCAUGGCUUUACAGAAAAUUUGACAUUUGGAUGGGAUGGACCGUCUUGGAGGUUACUCACAGUUCUCAAGUUGUUGUGUCUGGAAGCUGAGAAAUUUACAUCCUGGAAAAAAGUACUCCUUGGAGAAGUCAUCUCAGAUACAAAUGAGAAGACAAGCUUGGACAUGGCACAGAGAAUAUGCUCUGACUUCAUCGAAGAGACUCAUGCUGUGCUGCGUAAGGUUUCUGACAUGAAAGAGAGGGAAGUGUUGCUGAUAAAUCAACUCACUUUGGUGGAAGCAUUGCGGAUGGAAGAACUGAGGAUUCUCCAGGCUUCCGCUGAGAUUGUGAGCAGUUUACAAGCCUCCUUUUUGUGACAGCACAGGACGCAUGUGAUUCCCUCCUGUGGAGGGUGUGCUUUCUGCAUUUUUACUGAGGUUGGAAUAAAUAGACUUGUAUAUGAAAUUA